AUGUUUUCCCUUUCCGUUCUUACUGUUAUUGCUGCUAUCUCUGGCAUCGUUGCCGCACAGGAAUCCCACAGAGUCUCGCUGACCAACAACUGUAAAUCUGGAGAGGCUGUGUUUCUCUACCAGGCUGACGGAAACCCGCAAGGAUCCACCACUAUCGAAGGCGAACUUCUUGGUGGUAUUGCCUGGGUCUCAGGCUACGCUGGAGCGAACUGCGAAAACUCUGGUGUUAACUGCGGAGCCGUCGAGUUCACUCUGGUGAACCCGAACGGCGGAGCAAACACCCAGAACGCGGCGGACUUCACGCUCGAAGGACAGCCUGCCAACGGGAACCAUCAGUUCACCUACGAUAUGGCGUUCAACUUCGUGGGAUGUGCUGGCAGCGCUACAUGCGAUGAGCCCGACUGCCCUGGUUCGUUCACCGACCCCACUCAUGGAACGCCUGUUCAGUGCACGGCCAGCAAUGUUGGGAUUGACAUCACCUUCUGUUGA